GGCAUAAAGCAAGGACAGUCCCAUCCCAACACCAACUACCACCAGGCCGAACCACCGCUAGUACUCUAGCACCGCCUUCUGAGGACGGCAUACCGGCUCUGCACGCCAUGAGCCUAGAUCGUGACGACCCCUACAUGGAUUUUAUAUAUCCCGAGGAAUAUAUUGAGAGUGCUCUGUGUGAAGACGUCCUCGUAGAGGUUACCGCGGAGGAUGUUCGGGCAGGGAGAGUCGAUAUGCAAGGCAUCGACUGGUCGAAGCUUCCAAUAGCGCGGGAGAGGUUUCGCGAUUCCCGGGUGAAGAACUACGGGAAUUUCAAGAAUAUCCCGACUGUAUCUCCCGACAUCUUGAAGCGAGAAAUCUUGAAGGUUCGGCAGGAUGCACAACUGUACCAGUUCCGCCACGCAUCCCUGCAGAACAAGUGCAUGUAUCUGCAUUUUCAACUGAGGAACUUGUUGUGGGCGACUAGCAAGAAUGAUGUGUAUUACACAAACAAUCUGGGAGUGUGUCACUGGUGCCCGAUCUCCAAAACCUCGCGGAUGGCCCUCGAUCUCAGCAAGCAGGACUUUGUGGGAAUGAAAAUCAGCUCGAUCGUCGCCAAGAAGGGCUACCUGAUGGUGGGAGGAUUCAGCGGGGAGUACAUGCUGCGGAGACUGACGGACGAGUCACCGCCGACGAAAGGAUCGUUGACGACGGAUUCGAAUGGGUUUACCAAUCAUCUGGACAUAGAGGAGGCGCGGAGUGGUGCUUUGAGCGCCAUUGCGUCGAGCAAUGACCAACGGAUGCGUAUGAUGGACUUGGCAUCAGCGCAGAUCGCGAAGUCCUUCUACUUCGAUACCCCAGUGAAUUGUGCAGCGCUGAGCCCGGAUAAGCGGAUGCUUUGCGUGGUGGGUGACGACCCAGAAACGAUCAUAGUGGACUCCGAACGGGGACGACAUCUGGCGACCCUGACCGGCCACCUCGACUACUCGUUUGCCUGCGCAUGGUCCCCAUGCGGACGCGUAUUAGCGACCGGCAACCAAGACAUGACAACUCGAAUCUACGACACGCGAAACAUGUCGCAAACAUUAUCCGUCUUAUCUGGUCGGAUGGGGGCAAUCCGAUCCAUCCGAUUCUCUGACGAUGCCCGAUUCAUGGCGUUUGCAGAACCUGCGGACUUCGUUCACAUUGUGGACAUGACACGUCUGCCGGAGGGACCUAUUGAGAGUUGGCAGCCGGUUUCGGACGCUGCACCGCUUCCUCGAUCAGCAAGCUCACAUAGGCUACGGACGCCAGGUUCGACUGACCUGCACGACACCGAGGACGAAGACGGCGACGCAGAGGAGAAAGAGCCCACCGCAGUGGGCUUCAUGCAACGACCGCCCGGGGAAAUAUAUCGGAGUCAGGUGGUCGACUUUUUUGGAGAGAUAGCGGGGAUAAGCUUCAAUCCAGGCGGAAAUGGUGACGGAGCGGACGAGCUGUUCAUUGGGAUUGCCGACUCGAAAUAUGGGUCUAUUCUGGAAUUGCAACGCGAUCGGGAUACUUUCUACCGAUGGACAGCUGUCAGCAACUCCCAACCCUCAUACGACUCGUAUGAUCCUGAAGUCCUUCUAUGAAAGGCUGAAUGCCGUCGUUUCUUCGACUUCCCAAGCAUCGUCGCUCCUCUCGGAAGCAACGUGGCACAUCGGCACAGACCCUCCGUUCUGCCAUUGUUGAUAUCUUCUUCUUCAGCGUGAGCUAUCC